CGAGCGGUGGCCUUAUCACUCGGCGGAAAAGAAACUGAAAUGGUCCUGUGUUGGCGGCUGUAUUAAAGAACACUUGGAUUGUUUUGUUUCUGUUAUAAUACUUAUCUUUAGAUUAGUUACUUUACUUUUUUCUUCCUCGGAUUUUCGUCAAAAGAACCAACUGUUUAAACAUGCCAAGAGGCGGGAAAAAGGGUCACAAGGGCCGAGGGAAACAAUUCAGCAACCCCGAGGAGAUCGAUCGGCAAAUGAAGGCCCAAAGAGAGAUGGAGGCAAAUGGUGGAGCCGAAGCUGAAGCUGAAGCUGAAAAUUCGUCUGAAGAGUCCGAGGAGGAGAGCAGCAGUGACGACGAGAGGCAGAGGAGAAACGGAGUGGAGGGGUUGAUUGAGAUUGAGAAUCCCAACCGUCUCUCCCAGAAGAGCAAGAAGGUAGCUGAGGUGGAUGUCAGCGCCCCCAGAGAACUCUCCCGUAGAGAGAGGGAAGAGAUAGAGAAACAGAAGGCUAAGGAGCGCUACAUGAAGCUCCAUCUCGAGGGGAAGACGGAGCAGGCCAGGGCGGACCUGGCCAGGCUGGCCAUCAUUAAGAAACAGCGAGAAGACGCAGCAAAGAAGAGGGAAGAACAGAGGAAAGAAAAAGAAGGAGAGCAGUCGAAGACCAAACGCUAGCUCUCUCUUCACCGCUGAUGUCUGGGCUGAACGGGUUGGGUGGGAAGGGACCAAUGAUAGUCAGGGCAGACAGCUCAGGGGCACACACACACACACACACACACACCCCUACCCUACAUCCCUCUUUCUGUUGAGGGAGGGAAGGGGGAGUUCAUUGGACAUUUUAGGAAUAUGUAAAGAAGUGAGAUAUCAAGGCAAAGACUCACAUGUUGCCUGCUGGAGACUCUGUUGUGGAAGAGUCGCCAACACUUCUGUGUGCUUGCAUUUCCCCACACUGACACCUCAACUACGUUUGGAGUUUGGAAGCUGCUGGAGUUAUUUCUUGAUUUCUCUGUUAGACAUUUUAGCACAUAAAGUGGUUAGUUUAUUUUGAACUCCAUUGUAGGGUUUGCCAACUGACUGGCAUAAUCUGGCCUUUUCUAAUGAUUGGUUGAGAAAAUAGUUGUAAACGGGGAAACACUAACCAGCAAGAUUAAUGUAUGCAGAUGCUCAAGCUGCUCCUUUCCUGUUUUGUGGCCUGUAUGUUUAUCUGUGGUUUCAAUGUAACAAGAGGCCAUUGAGUUGAUUCACCAGACCUGAGCACACAUUAUAAAGUAGCACUUGAUCAGUUUGUUCUGGCAAAGCAUACUUUUAUUCAAAACCAAUAAAGUGCAUAUUUUUUUCAUAUCAACAGCUUGAAACGUUUAAUGUACAGUUUAGAAUUAUAUCCCUAAACACUUGCUGUGAGUACUUUCUUCAAGAUUACGUUUAUAAAUUAGAUUUAUCAUCGUUUUUUAUGUUUUGGCAAUUAAUAUCAAACAUUUACCUGAAAAUACAAAUGGCUUAAAAAAAAUGUAGAAAUGUAACACUUCAAUUUCAGGGCUAGCCACCUCAGUUCAAGCGGUCAAAGGACGUGCGGUUGAAGAUUUAAAGAUAUUUCGGUUGUCAUGACGACCACGGAAGCUUUGAUACCGGAACUGAUGUGGCUGUUUUAAUUGGCUGUAGUCAGAUCUUCCAGUCAGCAGGUCAACCUGGGGUAUGCCCACUAUGCAGGACAGUAUGUCUCUCUCUCUCUUUGUCUCUCUCUCUCUUUCUCACUCACUCACUUUCAGGGUCCUUUGCUCAUUUCUCUACAAAUGGGACCAGCGUUUUUGUUUACUCUGAGGUUUUGCAAGGGCCAGCCCCGAUAUUUAUCACUAUGAUAUUUACUGCAUGAUCAUGCCUGAAGCUCUGCAGCCUUGAGCAGUGUUCCCUUGAUCAAGGUCGAGACAACCCGCAUUGCUUUUAAAUACACAGAUGUAAUAAAUCAGUGUUUUGAAGUUUAUAAAUAAUUCUCCAGGACUUAAAAGUAUUUACAAUAUGGGGAAACAAUAGGA